CGCGUUCUUCACGGUCAUUGAUAGUCGUCUGCGAGCCGCGAGAUCGGUGGGAUACAGUGAAACGUAGGUGUUGCGUCUCGUGUGUUCGUGGGCCGUCCGCCGCCAGGGCCAAAAAUGGCGGAACGGACGAAGGUGACGGCCCCGGCCACCCGGCCCGUCCCUAUGAAGCUGUUCGCCACCUGGGAAGUGGAUCGUACUCCACCGAAUUGCAUCCCCAGGCUGUGUUCCUUGACGUUAACUCGAUUAGUGAUACUCCGACCGCUCGGCUCGGACCUGACGUCCAUUAGCAUCGCGGUCAAGAUGCAGAGCUCCAAGAGAAUCUUGCGCUCCAACGAGAUGGCUAUACCGACCGGCGGCAUACUCGACACGGAGCUUGAAUUGCAAUUUGCACUUCAAUAUCCGCAUUUUCUCAAGAGAGACGGCAACAAACUUCUGAUAUUAUUGCAAAGACGUAAGCGAUACAAGAAUCGCACGAUGCUCGGAUAUAAAACUCUUGCGGAGGGAAUCGUUAAUAUGGCGCAAGUGUUGCAGAAGCAAAUGGAUAUUGAGUUGGAACUCAUAUCAGAUAAAGCAGAAAAAUACGGUGGUCAUUCAGUUCCACUGGCACGCGUAAGCGUUGUCGCCCUAAGUUCCCAACCGGUUGAUCAUGAUAAAAGACUGACGAGUGAUCCUAACGAGAGGCUUUGUCCUGAAUUCAGUGACGAGGAGGAAGAGUUUAGCUCGGAGGGUGAAGCGGAAGGUAGCGAUAGUGAGCCUACAUUGGAGGUGCAUAGGCGGAAGAGUCGCGGGAAGAUUCCAACAAAUGCCAGACAAAGAAAUUUAAAACAAAAGUUUAUAGCUCUGCUAAAGCGCUUUAGGGUAUCUGAGGAGUUGGAACACGAUCAAGAGGAGAUCGGGCAGAAACUUUCAGGUGGCGAUAUGGAGAUAGAAGAAUUGUUUGAUGAAUUAGAAGAUUUAUCAGACAGUGGGCCAGAAUUAGAUACAAUGUCUGUUAGUAGUACACCGAAACCAUCUCUGCGACCUUUUUUCAGUUCUAGUCGAUCUCUUCUCGCGCCACCUCAUUCCGUAGUAACCAACGAGGAUAUUGGAACUAUCUCAGCGACUACUACGUGUCAACAGCCCACGGGUCAGUCGGCUAAAGAGAAACAUCGUAUCGGACACACAACUCCGGAGCGUGGAGUGGACAGACAAAGCGAUGACAGUUCUCGAAGAGCUGAUAGCGAUUCUCAUCCUGAAAAUUGGACAGAUCACGAGGCGAACGAUCCACCAAAUUAUGUAGCAGGUUCCCCGCCAAAAUCAGUGGAACAACCUAACAAAAGUGAAAGCUCCGACAGGAGAAGUAGACUCUUUGCGCGUGAUAGAGGAACUCCAGGUAGUAAUAAAUCUAAGAAACACAGCCUGAGCGUCGAUCUAAAACCGUCGGCUGAAUUAAAUAACACAGAGCCAAGAAAAGCUUUAGUCGAGCAACUAAGUCGAGUGUUACCAGAUGAUAGUUUACCAGAGGCUGUGUCAUUGGUAUCCAUAGCAGAUCCCGGUGGUGCUGUACUAGCUGCAAAACUUCAAGAAAGAAACCAUAAAGUCUUGACCACUGCUUCUCCAGCUGACAUCCGUGCAACCUUUACAUGUUUGGUCACGCGAAUACAAAAAUUUUGCAACAGUUCCGCAAAACCACCAGCACCUAUAAAGGUGAUUAUUGCUGGCGGAGACAAUUUUAUAAAUGCAGUUCUUCGUCAUUAUGUCGACUUGUUGAGCUUUAGACCGCCAGAUUGGCAGAAUUACAUGAAAUUCUUAGUGGUACCGCUCGGUUCAAACACAUUAACGAGAUAUCUCGGUUCUGUUGAUGCAAAGUAUUCAAAAUUGUUUGGAGAUGAAUGGAAAGAGCUUUUAGAAAGAGAAGGUGGAGGAUCGAGUGAAUGCGCAGCACGAGUAUCGGAGUACCUGGCUACAGCUAAUAUGGCUCUAUUACUACCCAUAGCAGAAGCUAUGGUUACGUACAGGGAAACGGAUGACAGUAGUCAAAUCUUUAUUCCUUUUAUAAAUGACGUUCGUGUGGGUUGCCCAGACAGCAAUUCUUCCGCGUCUGUCGAUCUGGAAGAGAGUAACGUUAGUAUGUCCGGUUCUCCGCCUUCCUUACCUCCGCCAAGUUUACCCGUUCCAACUCCCGGAAAGUUGACACCACCCAGUAGUCCUAACGUGGGCCAACCGGGAAGGGAAGGGUGGGAACCGGUAGAACUACAGUUGGAUUACUGGAGUAAACAGACUCAAGGAGAAAAGGGAAAGAGCACAUUACGUCAAGCUUUCAGAGCGUUACACGUGCAAAGACUUCCUUCAUUAGGCGAAGUUCCAGGCCAUCACUUGUCUAUGAAUUUCACAACAAAAGAGAAAAAACAAAAGAUAAUGAGAUUAGGUAAAAAAAAAGAAAAAGAGAAAGAAAAUGAGCCAAAAAGUCAAUCGGUGGACGGUGUAACACGUCUCAUAUGUUCUGCAAAAACUCAUAACAUUCCAUUAAGAGUGAGCAUUGACGGUACCGAAUGGUACGGUGUAAAAUUCUUCCAAUUGUCGGCGCAAUGGCAGACGCACAUUAAGACGUUUCCAAUAGCAUUAUUGGAAUAUAAUCCGCAACAACAAACUUCGACUGCUACGUAAUUUUCUGUUAUUAUAAUGAAAGCUUCUAGCGACUUACGUAUUCUACAUCAUUAUUGAUAAUAACAUUUGACUUGUUUUAAACGCAAACCCUAUAACCACCAAUUUCUUAAAACUGCCCAAUAAAAAUUAAAAUUGAGCAGAUGCUAUGAAUUCUCAAACUCGAAAUAUCUAUUGCAUUCAUUCCAUUAUUAAUGUAGUAAUAAAGAUAAAUGAACAUUCGGGAUUCCUUAUAUCUUAUAAAAAAAUACAGUGCAUAUAUAAGCGUAUGUGUGUUUACAAACAAUUUAUGCAAUACGCAUUAAGCCCAUAACAAACUUCGAAAAA